CCGUGACACCAUGCCGUAUAAAUUUACAUUGAUGUUGAUUGAAACAAAACGUGAAAUAUCACUGACCGUGGAAGUAGAAAUAUCUCAAAUACCCCUUGUAUACAGUCUAAUACCACAUGUAUAUCUCACUUGUAUACAGUUUGUUUACGUAUAAACUGUUACGUAGUUUAAUAUCACGUGAUUGAUGACCUCGGGUUCAAGGCAGGAUAAAGUGUUCGAGGUGACUCGUGACGUCCAUGUUGACUAGAGAGAAGAAGUUGUUGUAUUGUUGUGUCAGUGAUCUAGUAGACUAGUUACCUGUAAGACUGUAAACUAUACAGUUCUAAUAGUUUUGAUUUUUAUACCGUGUUUUAUAUUGGACUAACUGAUUCAUUCUGUAUUUUAUACAACCCGUGGAACAGUAAGACUGUAAACUACACUGUCGUAUGUUAUAUCUGACUACUGAUUGAUUCUGUAGUUUUAUCCUGUUUCAACUCGUAUUGUAUUCAACAUGGCUAAACAGACAGAUAAAGACGUGUGCAUGAUUUGUUUACAUGAUUUUGAAACACCGGUUUUGAUAGAUUGUCAACAUACUUUUUGUUUCAUCUGUUUAGAAGAUUAUGUGAACAAAACCUCUACUAAAGACCAGUUCCAAUGUCCAUUAUGUCGGUGUCUUAUAGACGGGGGUAUACAGCGUUUUAAACCUAAACUAAACAUUGAUGACAAUUCUACUAUUCCACAAUGUGAUGUAUGUACUAAAGAUACAUGUCAAUAUUUUUGUCGAGACUGUGAUCAAUAUUUAUGUAAAUCAUGUAAAACCAUGCAUGAUAAGUUAAAAUCUUGUAAAGACCAUGUUGUUUGUCGAUAUGAUGAAAAACAAGUCUGUCAACAAUCAAACGAACCAAUGAAGGAAAAGACAACAGCCACUUCCGUCACACAUCCGAAAGAUUUCUGUCCAAACCAUGAAGGAAAGAAAGUAAAAAUUUACUGUAAAGAUUGUUCACUAGCCGUGUGCUUGAAUUGUCUCGUGACCGAUCAUAACGGACAUAAUUUGUUAGAUUUACAGAAGGAUGAAGUCAGACAAAAUAUCAGACAAGACCUAAAAACUCUGAAUGACGAUUUAGAAAAACAAAUUACCAAUUUUCAGAAACAUUAUGAUAAUUUGAAUAGUAAAUUGAUUGAAGUAAACAACUGUACAAAAUCAGAGUGUGACAAAGUAGAUGCACAGGUGGAUAAAAUCUGCUCAGAAUUCCGUAAACUUGGAGAAAAUAUUAAAAAGGAAAUGCAGAAAACUAGUGAACAAGAAGAAUCCAAAUUUGGGAAAUUAAUGGAGGACAUUAAAAGACUAACCGAAGAUUUAAAAGCUAGUGUUAAAUAUUCAGUGAAUGUUUUAGAAGAUUCGUCUGUUGUUCAAGUUCUACAAAGAUUACCUAAAGUUAGACAGGAGAAAGAUGAAAGUUGUUGUAGAAAAUUGGAUAUACCUGAUGUAAGAUAUUCAACAUUUCAAGUAGCAGAGAUAGAUAAAACUUUGUUAACUAAUCAACUUGGUAAAAUUGUAAGUUGUCAUCAGAAUAUGAUUGAAGAUGCUUUUAAUGUGGAUACUGUGCAAGGUUGUGGGUGUUAUGGUAAACAACAUGUAGUUUCAGGUUUUACAUGGAAUAUCUCUGUGUACUCAUCAUCAUUAGAUGUUGUAUUAUACCUGGAUGACGUAGAAGAUAAAAGUAUUACGUCAUGUAAUGUUGACGUCACAUAUAAAGUUAUAAAUAAAACAGAUGAUAGACAAUCUGUAGUUAAACAAUGUAAUAAGACUGUUAAACCUGGUGGACGUGUUUUAUACUAUGAUACUGAUCUUAUUGACUGGGAUAGACUCAGUAAUCCUGUCAGUGGAUUUAUUGAUGAUCAUAGAAACUUUACAAUUCAAGUUACAAUUAAUAAAAUAACUAACAUUGUACGAGAUUAAUAAUUAGGUUACUGUUAUUCUGAUUAAAACUAUUAACUUAUGACCAAUGUUCCUUUACAAUUAAAGUAAUAAAUAAUAAUUGAACUUCUAUCUGAAUUAUGUUUAGAUAAUCUACUCAUUAUCAUGCAAGGGAGAUAACCUGUUUUCUCGCGGACUCCGCAAUAUUCAAUGCUAUUAGUUGACCCAAAUGUUUUCAAUAUAUAUUGAUGACUCAUGUAACCAAAGCUAGAAAAUAAAUUCAAUUUUAAAAUCGA